GAUGAAUACAUCGGCUUGUCUUGGGAAGCUUCUUACAAUAUUGCAUUUGCACACUGAUUUGCACAACUUUAUUAGGUCACACCAUAAUGAAUGCUACAACUACAAAGAAGUUUGAACCUGGCGCAGCUGUGUUUGGAAAUUUCAUUAAUUAUUAUUCUUUUAAUCCACCAGAAAAUAGACUAAAAUUUAUUCCAACAGACUUUCUUUUCCAUAUGCCAAGUGUAAAAGAGCUUAAUUCUGUCGCAGCCUUGGAUGUAGGAUGUAACGCUGGAGAUUUGACAUUGAGAAUGUAUGAACACCUCACUGAAGGAAUCAGUAAUAGUCAGCAAAAUAUGCUAUCUGACAAUCUUCACAUUCUUGGAGUUGACAUUGAUGAAUGUCUAAUAAAGCGUGCAAAGGAGGCCAAUCAUUAUCCGAAGAAUAUUCAGUUCAAUGUUUUAGAUAUUUUAGAUGACACUUCAAGAAAAUAUAGUUUACAAACAUUUUUAAACAAAAUUGGUAAAGAAAGAUUUGACAUUGUUUUUUGUUUUUCUGUCACCUUAUGGAUUCAUUUGAAUAACGGAGAUGAGGGACUGAAAAAGUUUUUGACUAUUUUAUCUGGAAUAACUGAAAAUCUUGUGUUGGAGCCUCAGCCAUGGAAAUGCUACAAGUCAGCAGUAAGACGGGUUAAAAAAUUGAAUUGUCCUGAAUUUGAACAUUUUAAGUCUCUUACUUGGAGAGAUAAUGUUGAAGAUGAAAUCCAACGUUAUUUGAUAAAUGACUGUAAAUUGCAUUUUGUGAAGAGCCUUGGACAGACACAUUGGGAGAGGAAUGUUUUACUGUAUUCAAAAGUACAUGGAUAGAUGAAUGAUUUGCUCUAUAAUCCAAAACUCCCAUUGUGUUUGUUUGCAUCAAAUUACAUGCAUUCACAAAUGGUUUAUUUACAUGUGUUUUUCGAAACCAAAUUCAACACUGGUAUUUGGACUCUACAAUUUGGGUAACUGAGAGUGUUAUGUGAUGAUACCAUUCCUCUGAACAUAAAAUAUGAUUUAAAUUUAAUUUUUUUUUUUCAAUGUGCAGUUUUGUCAAAAUGAAAAUUUUGUAUUCUUACAUCCCUGUGUUUGCAAAAAUAAAUUUCGUCCUCAACUAUCUUUAUACAUUACAUCAUGCAUGGUUAAAAAAAACACCAAUAAAAUAGAGGAAAGUGU